AGUAGUAGCAGCAGCAGGAGGAGGAGCCUCAGCAGCAGCAGCAGGCAGAGGAGUAGCGGCUUCAGCUGCAGCAGCCUCAGCCCCGGCGGCUGCAGGCAGGGGGUCAGCCGGCUCCGGGGGCGGCCGGGCAGUGCCAGACGGGAGUGGUCGCGCCGGUGGCCCGGAGGCAUCGCGCGGAGCUGGGGCUGGGCUCCGGCCGCGGUCCCCCACGAGCGCGCAGACCCGCAUAUUUUGCACAUGAGUUCAGAGGAAAAGGAAGUGUAAGCGGCGGCGGCGGAGCGGGGUGCCCGGCGCCCGGGGCGCACGGAGGAGCGCGCGGCCGGCGCAUCACCCCGAGGACAGUCCGGCUGUGCCCAGCCCAGCUCGGCGGGGGAACCCCGCGCGCCGCCCUCCCCCCCUCCCACCGCGCACUUUGCGCGCCCCUUCUCUCCACCCCCGGCCGCGGAUACGCAAAUUCCCUCCCACGCAACCCCUCCUCUUCAUGGCACAAACUUUCCUCCCGGGACAGAUCGGGGCAGCGACCGGAGCCGACUCCUGCACCUCUUCUGCCGGCCGGCUCUAAGAGGCAGCUGUUGAAAUGGGUUGUGGAUUAAAUAAGCUAGAGAAGCGUGAUGAAAAGCGGCCUGGUAAUAUUUAUUCAACUCUGAAGAGGCCUCAGGUAGAAACCAAGAUCGAUGUGGCCUACGAAUACCGCUUCCUGGAGUUUACCACGCUGAGUGACGUGGAACUCCCACGGUCCUCUGCGGUCAGGCUCUCCUCCUUGCGGGAUCUCCCCACUCAGCUUCAGGAGCUGUACCAGCAGGGCUUCACCCUGGUCGCCCUCCACCCCUUCGUACAGCCCACCGACGAGCGAGAGAAAACUCCCCAGGAGCAAAUAUUCCGGGCCGUGCUGAUCAAGAAAACCGAGAGAUCCCAGAAAAAUGAUUUUCAUAAUGAAGGUUACAUCUUGGAAUUAGAUUGCUGUUCCUCCUUGGACCACCUGACAGACCAAAAAAUCAUCCCAAAUUUCAUUAAGAAAAUCCAAGAUGCCGCAAGUCGAGGCCUAGAAUUUGUGGGCGUCGUCCCUCAGUACCAUUGCCCCGGGAACUCUGCAGGGAGCAGCCCGCUGACCCCCACUGCCAACGGAUCAGGGGAGUCGAGAGAUGGGAAAAACACGUCAGACCAAUCCGAAGACCUCUCAUCCUUGGAUAGGGAGACCCCAGGGUCGGCGGAUAUGUGCAGCACACCAGUGGGGUCUCAGGGCAACCCAGAGCCCCAGGAACACGGGGCAGGCGAUAGGCAGGUGGCUGAACAACCGAACUUAUCCUCCAUAGGGGGAAAUGGAGCAGAUUCACCAGAGAAUGUAGAUGGAUCCUCACCAGGACAGACAAUCACAGCAGACAAACUGGGAGGUUCAGACCCACUGGCUGGAAAAAUGGAGAUCUUCACCAUUUUCAACAAGCCGAAGAGCCAGCAGCAGCGAUGCCGACAGUACUACACGGUCACCAUCCCGCUCAGGGUCUCCAAAAAUGGACGUACGGUCAACAGCCUGGACGCGAACUGGCUGGAGCACAUGAGCGACCACUUCCGGAAGGGGGGCGUGCUGGUGAAUGCCAUCUUUUAUCUCGGAAUGGUCAAUGAUUCCUUACAUGGCUUGACAGAUGGAGUAUUCAUCUUUGAAGAUGUUUCCACAGAGGAGAACAAAACCGUACAGGGCUACGACGCCAUUGUUGUUGAACAAUGGACCGUCCUGGAAGGUGUCGAAGUGCAGACCGAUUACAUCCCACUACUGAACUCGCUGGCCGCUUACGGCUGGCAGCUCACCUGUGUGCUCCCUACGCCCAUCGUGAAGACCAACAGGGAGGGAAAUGUGGCCACCAAGCAGAUCGUCUUUCUUCAGAGACCCUCUCUACCUCAGAAAGCCAAGAAGAAAGAAUCCAAGUUUCAAUGGCGCUUCUCCCGUGAGGACAUGCACACCCGGCAGAUGAGAAAAUCGAAGUCUAAACUAAGUGCCCGAGAAAAACAGAAAACGGAAGAAAACGAGAAAAAUCAGGAAGACCUGUUUUCCAAAGCUGGAGAUGUGGGGAAUUGCCUGCCUGCUUUAAAUCAGGUGGAUGGGCUCACAAGUGAGGAGGGGGAGGGGGCUCCUGAGGAGCUUGAUGGGGCUCUUCAGGGGGCAAAAGGUGAAGAAGAGGCGAAUCCUAGCUUGGAGUUGAACGGGACUACUGACCACAGCGUCCCCUGUGAGGCAGUGGUCACCUGCAAUGGAGAGGAUGACCAGGAGGAAGGGUCCGCAGCGGCCGCUGGAGCAGAGCCUCCCGUGGCAGAAGAAAUCUGACUCAAAACCAUUUUCUGCGAAUUGAGAAGAGUUUGGCUGACAGCCAUCCUCGGGAGGACUUAGGCUCAGACCGCCAUUUGACUUGGCAGUAUGUGUUCCCUGUCCACACCGACAUGGUCUCUUCUUCAAAAGCGAACUCCACACUCCCUCACUCUACCACAUUUCAUUUCUGCACAUAUGUUUGAAAGGUCUUAAAGUGUAAGGGCAGUUUCUCCUGGUGUCUCAGAACCCAGGCCCCUAGCCCAAAAGCCCCUCACUUGCUUUCUUUCCCUGGGGUUUAAACAAACUAAUGCAAAUUUCCUCUUUUGGGGAGCUUGGGGAAAGUUCAGGUGGACCUUCCUGGGCCAGAACCAAGUUUCAGCCAGCCCGUAAAGAAUUCCAAACCCCCAUGGCUCUCUGCCACUACUGCCUAGUGCUUUCCCAGGGUCAGCAAUACCCAGGGGUCCAUGUUUCCCCACCCUUUGAAGUCCCUAGAUACUCACUACUAGGCAAGGAUUGGUACCAACUUCCCUAUGGAGAUCCUGAGAGUAUUCCCAUAGACAAUCAUCUGGGGAUGAAAAGCUAAUUCUGUUUGCUCACCUGUUGUUGGAGAAGUUCAUUUAAGUGCUCUCUGUUUGUGUCAGUUCCCCCCCCCCCAAAUAAAAGAGUUUUUGUACCCAGUAUGUCCAGUGCACACAUUUGCUUUGCCAUCAUUCUGGGGCAACCACAUUUGGUUGGGCACCCUUGCUUCAUACAGUUGUAAUCAGUGUAUCAUUGACGGAGUUGGUGCGCUCUGUGAUGCUGUGUCUAUGAAGUAUGCGUGUUGUCUAGAAAGCUUUGUUCAGACUGGUAAACAUUAGGAAGAACACUCAAACUGUAUUUACCAAAACAAUGACCGGCCCUUUCUCUUUCCUGCUUGUUACUUAAAGCAAUAAAUCACCUUGAGUUUA